GGGCCCACAGGGGUAGGUGAUCUACGCCGGGAGAGUGCGCGCCGAGCCUUGCACUCGGAGGGGUUCGAGCCUUGGGGCUGAUGCUGGAAGUUCACAUUCCGUCUGUGGGACCUGAGGCCGAGGAUCCCAGGAAAAGCCCAGAGAAAGGCCACAUGGUGUUCCGAGUGGAAGUGCUGUGCCGCGGGCGCAGGCACACCGUGCAGAGGCGCUACAGCGAGUUCCACGCGCUGCACAAGAGGAUCAAGAAAUUGUACAAAGUGCCCGACUUCCCCUCAAAACGCCUGCCCAACUGGAGGACCAGAGGACUGGAGCAGCGGCGGCAGGGCUUGGAGGCCUAUAUCCAGGGUGUCCUAUACCUGAACCAGGAUGUGCCCAAGGAUUUACUGGAAUUCCUGAGUCUUCGGCACUUCUCCACCGACCCUAAGGCCAGCAGCUGGGGCCGCUCACAGCGGGUCUCCGUUUUUCAGCGCCUUGGCGGAGCUCCUGCCAAAGAACAGCAGCUCCCAACUGCACCACCGGCCUGUCAUCAGCUUCCACAUGGAUCCCUACGUUUGCAUUCCAUCCCCAGAGCCUCUGUCCAACAUGGUGGUGAAUGGCGUGCUCCAGGGCCUCUAUGGCUUCGGCACCAGCUCAGCUACAGGCCAGCCAGAGGCUCCGUGUCACCUUGCUCCUUUGCCACUGGUGCCCUGACCAGCCCAAAGGCCUAUGGGCCACCUGCCAGGACAGGCAUGUGCCUCAGCGUAGGAGCCCCCUUUUCAGGAGGCUGGGUCCCUCUUGGCCUGGACCCAGGUGGUCCCGACCCAGGACUUACCAACCCCAGAUGCCAGGGCAGGGACAACAGGGGAUAAGGAAUAAAGGGAGAAUUUAGAGGUAGGCUUUGAA